AUGAAGCUCAUCCUCACCCUCACCAUCGCCAUCCACACCAUCCUCUUCCUCCUCAGCGGCGGCGUCCUCGCCAUGCCCUUUCCUCAAGGUCCCCUCGGUCCGCUCGACCCUCCUGGCCCGCCCGCUCUCCGCGGUGCCAUCUCAGGCCCCUCCUCCCUAGUCCUCCUCCAGCUCUCCUCAGGCCAAAUCGCCCGUUGCACCCUCCCCAACGGCCGUACGCGCGCCAAAGCCGACAUGGUCUCGUCCAAGCUCGUGGCGAGCGGCAAGAUGACUUGCAAGGAUGCACUGCAUCGUGGCAGCGGUAAGACGCUCUGGUGCGAACAGGGACAGUUGACGGACGAUGAUGAGGCGAUUGAGACGCUCAUGCAGGCGUGCGAGGUGCACGAGGGGCUGCGAUCCGUUGUGUAG